AUGGCCACCAACGAGAGCGCCGAAUUAGCAGUCGUCAUCUGCACGGGUUCUUAUCAUACUCCUGCCCCCUAUGAGCCCUUUCGGCAAUCCCUUGAACGCAGAGGGUUUGAGGCUUAUUGCCCCCAGCGCCCGACAUGUGAUCUCACCCAACUCAACGUGGGGGAUAUUAAUCACCCAGACUUUGACUUGGGUCCUCCAGCUGGGGGCUAUCCCACUGACUCGGACGAUGUUGAGGUCAUUAAUCAACUUCUUGAAAAGCUCAUAGUCCAAGGGGGCAAGGAUGUCAUCAUCCUCGGCCAUUCAUCGGGUGGUCUCAUUGCCUCUCAGGCCGCUGUCCCCGAAUUACAGUACAAGUCUCGUCAAGCCAAGGGUCACAGGGGGGGUGUAAUAGGGGUCUUCUUUGAAAAUGCCUUUGUGAUCCCUGUUGGGGAGUCAGUACAUACCUUCUUCCAACCCAAGGAGGGCCCGAUUGUCACGCCGCCAUUCAUGCGAUUCCAUAAACAUGGAGCCGCUGGUUUGGGAACCAUUGUGGAAGCCCACCGAUUCAUGUUCAAUGACCUAGAGGCGGAUGAAGCAGCCAAAUGGGCCGCAACAUUGACAGCAUCGCCCAUCAACACAGGCGUGCUGACCCAUGACGUUUACUCAUCGUUGCCCUGUGCAUACCUAGUCUCGGAUAACGAUGCGACACUGCUUCCGCAAUACCAAGAAGCAAUGAUUGCAUUGCAAGCUCAGAGAGGCAUCGCAUUUACCGUCUAUCAUGCGCCUACUGGUCACUGUCCGCAUCUGAGCUGGACGGAGCACUUCGUCAGCAAAGUAGAGGAGUUCGCCAAACAGUGCCGUCGACAGUGCCGUGCUUGACUACUGUAGUGUGAGACAUGACAUGUAUAUAAUGUCAAACUAGAGUCUCGACUCUUCAUAUAGGGUAUCGAUUGCAGUUAUCAAGGUGUCCGUGUUCGCCACGAUUUGACUCAGAUGCUAGCAAGAUGAUGCUAUGUUUUCGUUCUAUACCUAUGCCUGACAGAUAUUUACUCGCUGUUGGCCCCAUCACUACGAUGGCAAAUUAUCAGAUUUCUCUAUCCUAUU